CACCGAAUGGCUAAGGCAGCUUUAAGUGCAGGGUGGAUUUUUUUUUCUCAGUUUGCCUUGUGUUUUCCACUCUGAAAGAAUGCUGUGGCUGCUCUUCCUUCUGGUGACUGCUAUUCAUGCUCAACUCUGUCAACCAGGUGCAGAAAAUGCUUUUAAAGUGAGACUUAGCAUCAAGGCAGCUCUUGGAAAGAAAGCAUAUGCCUGGGAUAUAAAUGAAGAAUAUCUCUUCAGAGCUAUGGUGGCUUUCUCCAUGAGAAAGAUUCCCAAAAGAGAAGCAACAGAAAUUGCUCAUGUCCUACUUUGCAAUGUAACCCAGAGGGUGUCAUUUUGGUUUGUGGUUACAGACCCUUCAAAAAAUCACACCAUUCCUGCUGCUGAGGUACAGUCAGCCAUAAGAAUGAGUAGGAACCGGAUCAACAAUGCCUUCUCUUUGAAUGACCAAACUCUGGAAUUUUUAAAAAUUCCUUCCACACUUGCACCACCCGUGGACGAAUCUGUACCUGCCUGGAUUAUUAUAUUUGCUGUGAUAUUUUGCAUCGUCAUAGUUGCAAUUACACUACUGGUUUUAUCAGGGAUCUGGCAAAGUAGAAGGAAGAAAACAGAAACAUCUGAAGCAAUUGACAGUGAAGAUAAGUGUGAACACAUGAUCACAAUGGAGAACGGCAACCCUUUGGAUGAGAAGGGAGGGCACAUUAAUGAUGUCUUCAUGUCAGAGGAUGAGCGGCUUACCCCUCUCUGAAGGGCUGUUGUUCUGCUUCCCUGAUAAAUUCAAUACUUUUUUUGCGCUUUCUGCUAAGCAUUCUCAAAUACCAAGGGCAGAUUUUAUAUUUUGUUUCACCAUCCCUUUUUGUAAUAAAUCUUGAAUGUACUUUAAAAUGAAAAGCAAUCAAUUAUACCCACAAACCCACUGAAAUCAUAAGCUAUUGACUACUCAAAAUAUUCUAAAAUAUUUUUCUGACAGCACAUAAGUGUGGCCAUGUGGUGUUUACAGUUAUUGAUUUAAGAAUUUCCAGAAAUAAGGUCAGGGAUAUAUAUAUAUAUGUAUAUAUGUAUGUAUAUAUAUAUGUAUAAUUUUUUCACACUUCAAAGACUUAAGGAAAAAUAAUUUUUUCAGAGGGGAAUACCUAUAAUAUGGUGUAGAAAUGAUUGAAAAUGGAUCCUUUUUGAAUAUCAUUUAUAUCACUCUGUAUAUGACUAAGCAAGCAAAAGUAAAAUGUAUUGCAAAUGGGAUGGAUAAAAUAGAAAUGCUGAUAAAAAGGUGGAAUUUUAUCCUGUUAUCAUACCUAAAGCUGCUUAUAUAUUUCUGAAUAUCAGUCUCUAAUGGGACAGUUCUAUUUGCUGAAUAUUUCUGCAAUUUGCAAAAGUCCAAUCUGUGCUAAUUUAAUAAACUGUUAAUCAUCUCUUUUUGAUUGUGUGACUGUGUCUGAGAUUUAUUUUCACACUGUGGAACAUAGUAAGUUUAAUUUUUAUUAGUUAUGUUUAAUCGACUCUACAGCCCUAGAAAUGAAUUAUUUUUAUUGUGUAUAUCGUUAUUUGAAGAUACCUUGUUUUUAGACUUGAUUUUAUUUCCAGAUAGGGCAUGUAUCAUUCUAAAUUCUAAUAAUAAUGAUUAUACAUUUAUUAAUGGAAAUAAAGUUUGCUACUGAAUCUCCUACUGCUAUCACCCAUAGUUAAGGUUACAGCAAGUCUCUAACUUACUUCCCUGUCUUCAGUGUUGCUCCUUGGAUCCAGACUCUAAGAUGGGUAGUUGCAGGUAGCAGGUUUCUUGGAGCAUGCUCUCAGGAGGUACACCUGUAGGAAGUGAAGAAGCCAAGUGUGGCAGACAGAUGUGAAGGUGGCUCCUGGUGUUCAAAACUUUAUGUAAUCCCCUCCCCUCGAGUGAGUAUGGAAUCUGUGGCUUGCUUCUAAUGAAUAAAAUAUAGCAAAGGUGA